AUGCGGAAGUCGAAUGUCCAUGUCACGACGGUCGGCGAGGAUCUGCACUCCCACGCCACAGAAGCAGCCCUACGAGUUCAUCUCCGGCAGCGCCAGCGUCCACCUAGGCCUUUGAAGCUUCCCACCUACCACAUUCCACCCGUCCAUGACGUCCGCAAUUGCGCGGAGUACAGCAAGUGCCAGCAGGAAUACCCUACAGCAGUAGUAGCAGGCAGCAGAAAUAAGCAAUGA